AAGCAAUGUCUUACUUGAUAAUGAGAUGAACCCCAAAAUUUCUGACUUUGGCAUGGCAAGAAGUUUUAUUGGAAGCGAAGAUGAGGCACGGACAAAAAGGGUGGUUGGAACAUACGGCUACAUGCCUCCUGAAUAUACAAUUGAUGGCCUAUUUUCAGUGAAAUCUGAUGUCUUCAGCUUUGGAGUAAUAGUGCUUGAGAUUGUAUGUGGCAAGAAGAACAGAGGAUUCAUCCAUUCAGAUCACCAUCACAGCUUGCUUGGACAUGCUUGGAUGCAUUUCUUAGAAGGCACUACUUUGGAUAUUAUGGAACCAUCAAUAUGGAACAUGAGCUAUUCAUUGGAAAUGCAAAUGGUGAUUCAGAUAGGUUUGCUGUGCGUUCAGCAGCAUCCAGAAGACAGACCUAGCAUGUCACAAGUUUCUGUCAUGUUAAGUGGUGAUACCAAAUUGCCUGUAUCUAAAGAGCCUGGCUUCUUCAUUCAAAGGUAUUUGCCCAAAGAACUAAACUCAAGAGGCACACAAUCUCAUUCCAAUGAUAAAAUUACUAUUAGUUUACUGUCUGCUAGAUGAAGUGCACAUAUUGAUCAUUCCUGUAUCCUUAUGGCUUCUACAGAAACUGUAAAAUUACUGCUGUAAAUUGCUUUCUGAAAUCAAACUUCUAUAUUUUGUAAUCCGUAAAUAGAUGUAUUAUGACUAGUAGCAUUUACAAUGUUGAUUUUUAAUAUCUUGAAUAUACCUAGUUUGAGUUGGUCAUACCAAUUUUGAACUUAGCAAAGGAAACAGUCGUCUCAUUGUUAUUACAUGGAAUAUGGAUGCAUUGCGUAAAGAUUGAACAUAUUCUACAUACAAUUUUCAUAACAGCAGAAAAAUAUGCUGCAAAAAUCUAAACAUUCUAGAAUCAAUUGACCAAUCAAAGGUAGAGAAGAGAAUUGAAGAAAAACUUACAGAGUUACAGUAACAAAAGGUUGAAAUAUAAUUAUAUGGGACUUUAUCUUAAUAACUAAAAAGUCUAAAUCAUAGAGCAAGGUUAAAUUCUAUGAAGCAGCUGUUGACUAUGGUAUCAAUCUGUCUAGUGGGAUGACCCUUAAAGCAGUUAUGUUUGAGAAAAAAAAAAAGAAAAAAAAAAAAAGCAAAUUUUAGCCACAGAAAAUUUGGAUGACUUUUCAAGUUUUCAAUUAAUGACAUUGUAAAAUUUUGAAUUAUAUAUGAGCUUUACAAUUGAUUUGUUCUCUCAGAAGCAGUGCAAUCUUCCUUUCAGAAGGUCUGAACUAAAUAAUUGGAUCUCUUGUUUGGUUGUGUUAGCUUUACUUGCACAUUGUUCAUUCAAUUUUCUUCUGAAAGCAAGAUGACAACUUUGUAUGGUAUAGCUCUUUUAUGGUCAUUUUUGUCUCUGAUCAUUACUUGCAUAGCUUUAGAUACAAUCACUCUAGGUCAAUCUAUUCGAGAUAAUUCUUCGGAGACUUUAGUGUCUGCUGGUGGAGAUUUUGAGCUGGGAUUCUUCCCAGGCACUAAUGAGAAGAGAUAUGUCGGGAUUUGGUUCAAGAAAAUCCCAAGUCCAACGGUUGUUUGGGUUGCCAAUCGAGAAACCCCCAUUCUUGAUUUUGCUGGUGUGCUUCAGGUUACCAACAACUCUGUUCUUAAACUUUUCAAUGGUUCUGGAGGAGUCCUGUGGUCUACCAAUACAACAAGAUUAGUAAAGAAUCCAAUUGCGAAGAUUUUGGAUAAUGGAAACCUUGUUAUAAGAGAUCAAGAUGAUGACAACCCUGAUAAUAUCUUAUGGCGUAGUUUUGACUAUCCUAUUGAUACCAUGCUGCCAGAAAUGAAGUUGGGAAGGGAUCUUGUUACUGGGUUUGAUCGGUUUCUGACAUCAUGGACAAGUAGUGAGGAUCCUUCUCCGGGUAGCUAUACAUAUAAAAUUGAUCCUCAUGGAUAUCCACAGCCUUUUGUUUUUAGAAAUGGUUCUGUUGAGCUGUUCCAGGAUGGCCCUUGGAAUGGUGUUUGGUUCUCUGGAACCUCUAUGUUACCAGACGAUACUUUGGCCAGCUUUGUUUUUAGUAACAAGGAGAUGUAUUAUACCUAUACAAUGUCUGACAUCCCAACUAGGAGGACUUUGAAUAUUGAUGGAAGUAUUCAACGUCUUAAUUGGAAUAAUAAUACAGGUGAUUGGGAACCACUUUAUAAUAAGCCAAAUGAUAGAUGUGACACUUAUGCAUCCUGUGGCUUAUUUGGUAUUUGUAACCUUGCAAAUUCUAUUCAAUGUCAGUGUCUGAAAGGGUUUGUGCCAAAGUCACCCAAAGAUUGGAACAAUGGGGUUUGGUCAGGUGGGUGCGUUCAUAACGGCCUAUUAAACUGCAGCAUUAACAAUGGGUUCACGAAAUAUUCCAAUGUCAAAUUGCCUGACACAAGAUAUUCCUGGUAUUAUACGACCAUGAACCUAGAUGAAUGGAAGCACAGAUGCUUCCAGAAUUGCUCCUGUACAGCUUGUGCAAAUUUAAAUUUCAUAGGUCGAGGAAGUGGUUGCUUGCUUUGGUUUGAUACUUUAAUGGAUUUGAGAGCUAUAAAUGGCCCUGGACAAGACCUUUACGUAAGGGUGUCCUCCAACUCUAGUAAGGAUUUAUUGCUGAUGCUGUUCCUUAAAACUUUUUUUUUUUUUAUCUUCAGUUUUCAGUAUAACUUUCUAAGUCUGAAACAUGCUGGUUCCACUGUAGGAAAAAAAUUGUGCUUUGGUCAAUCUCAUAAUUAUUCUACCAAUUUUUUUAUUUUUUUUAUUUCUUAUCUGUGGUCACAGGAAACAAGGGAAAGUGAACAAGAAAACCGUAGCAACAAAAAGGAGUCGGAGUUGCCAAUAUUUGCCUUCGGUGUGGUAGAGAAAGCUACCAAUUACUUUUCACCCAGCAACAAGCUUGGAGAAGGAGGCUUUGGGUCUGUCUACAAGGGAUUGCUGAACAAUGGGGAAGAGAUAGCAGUGAAAAGGCUUUCAAAAGAUUCAAGACAAGGAAUAAAUGAAUUUAAGAAUGAGGCUUUAUUUAUUGCUAGUCUUCAGCAUCGCAAUCUUGUGAGACUUAAUGGAUGCUGUGUUGAAGCAGAAGAAAGGAUUUUAAUCUAUGAAUACAUGCCCAAUAGAAGCUUGGACCACUUCAUAUUUGAUGAAACGAACAAUUCUACAUUGGAUUGGACAAAGCGUUUUGAUGUAAUUAAGGGGAUUGCUCGAGGUCUGCUUUAUCUUCAUGAAGACUCUAGAUUGAGAAUAGUCCAUCGAGAUCUUAAGGCAAGCAAUGUAUUACUUGAUUCUGAGAUGAACCCCAAAAUUUCAGAUUUUGGCUUGGCUAGAAGUUUUGAUGGGAAUGAACACGAGGCAAUGACUGUCAGGGUAGUCGGAACAUACGGUUAUAUGCCUCCUGAAUACACGAUUGGUGGGGUAUUUUCAGUAAAAUCUGACGUCUACAGCUUUGGAGUAUUGGUACUGGAGAUUAUUUCUGGCAAGAAAAAUAGAGGGUUCAAACAUUCAGAUCACCAACACAACCUUCUUGGACAUACAUGGAUGCUUUUCAGAGACAAGAAGACUUUGGACAUUGUAGAACCAUCAAUUCGGAACCCAAACUACGAAUACGAAAUGCAUCGAUCGAUACACUUAGGCUUGCUGUGCGUUCAACAGAAUCCAGAAGAAAGGCCUAGUAUGUCUUUCGUUACCGCCAUGUUAAGUGGAGAUAGCCAAUUGCCAGAACCUAAAGAACCUGGCUUUUAUUUUCAAAGGAAUAUGCCACAUAAUUCUGUUUCAAGCAACGCCCAUUCAAGUUCAAAUAAUGAAAUUACUAUGACAUUGAUAUCUGGAAGGUAGAUUAAUAUAUUUAUAUACUUACUAUGUUACAUGGUCUCCGGAACGGGUGUCGGAUACAGACACAUGUUCAAUUGUCCGAUCCGGCAAGUUCCAAAAUUUUAGGACAUGGGGACUCUGUUCGAUAUUUGGACACGGGUACGGGGACAUGUCAAUACGUCACUUAAAUUUAUAUAAAUGAAUUAUACGUCUACCCCUAUUUUUUUAUUUUAAUUCUUUCCUCGAUAAAUUCUCCUAAUAAAUGACAAUCUUCUUAUCUC